CUUCAGUUCGUAGUGGACGUUCGUGUCGUUCGGUUCGUUUUUAAACGCUAAUAGAAAGUGAUUUCAACUGUAGGAGCCUUUGGUGGCAAGAUUUCCCGCUCUUGGUUGGCCUGUUGAAAUAAUUUGCGAAUAAUUUAUUCGGCGAAAAUUUCGGUACUAGUGCGUGUCUAAUUUUUGAUUGAUUAGGUGCAAAGCCUUUGAUGUUCAGUGCGUUUAAGAAGAAGGAAACGAUAGCACAGACGAGCAUUUUUAAGUGUUGGAUGGAGCUGUGGUUUGACAUCAGAAGAUAAAUUAAACAGAUAUAGAGUGAAAAACAGUGACGAGAAAAAACCAUAAUUAGAAGAAUAUUGUGGAACCGAUAUAUGAAUAACGAAUACGAGUGGUAAUUAACAGAAACAAGUGCGCUUGACGAAACAAGUAUUGACCCGACAUAAACAUCUUCGCACUCGGUGAAGCGCGCGGCAAGUUCGCGUCAUAUCGGAACCUGACUCCGAAGUGGAUCCGACGGUCUCCCCGCCGCCCCAGACGUCGUCACCGUUACAACAGAACGCAACAACAGCGAGAAGGAAGUGCGCGGUCGUCGGUCCGUUGUUGAUGUGCCAAAAUCAGAGCAAGAGCGUGUCGAGGGUAAAAAAAGAUUCCUCCCCAAAAGCCAAAAAAUCUCCCCGCAGUCGAGUGUAUGCGCGCGCGUCGAUCAGCAGCCAAGCAGCUUGCGGUUCAGAACGUUGAUUCGCGUUUCAAGUGUGAUCGCCCGUGAAGAAGAAUCGAAGAAAUCGGUAAAUUAACGGUCAAGUGGAAGAAAAUUGCAUACGAAAGUGAGUGCCAGCAGAAUAAAGUUUCCUCGGAAGUGCAUCUUGAAUCGCGCGAGUGCCACCCCUCAUAGCACAAGAAGACGAGUGAUUUUAAUCGAAGGUUGUCGUCAUCGUGCGGUGAUCGAUCGUUUGCCGGCCAAGUGAAACAUUUGGCAGAUCCAGUAGUUAUAGGACUGACAGAGACAAAGCGUGUGGAAAAAUGUCCUCGUCGCCGCUGUUGACCAGCUACACUUUGCGCAUUCGAAGUGACACCAGCCCGGUGACGGCUACGGCCACAUUUACGCCCGUCAGUGGCAGUUGCGCCAGCUCGCUGAAGAAGCUGAGUCUGAACGACGCUUCCUCAGCGAGUACCAAUUCGGGCGAAUCAACGGAUCCGCUGGAGUCGGACUUUAGUGGAGAAGAGGAGGAAGAGGAGGAGGAGGAAGAGGAAGAGGAGGACAGUAGACGGUUCAGGACCAUAAAACAGGACGAGGACGAAGAGGACGAAGACGGAGAAGAAGAGGAGGAAGAAGAGGAAGACGUAGAAGAAGACCUACCAAAGUCAAGAAAGUUAGCCGAUAAAGACGUUGACCAGGACGACGGUGACGAAGACGAAGACGACGACAGUACUGAGAAUACCUCCACCACCAGUAGCAGCAUUGCACAGACAGCCAACAGUGACCUCAGACAGAAGAAUGGUCGAAGCCGAAACGCUUCCUCUGACGAUGAUACUCGGGACAGCGGCGAUAGUGACGAUGACUCUGACGAUAUAUCUGAUACGAAUAAUAAUAUCAGCGGAGUUCGUGGCAAACAACCGCGGCAGUAUGAUCUGGAUGAUUUUCAAAUACUGAAAACCAUAGGUACCGGCACGUUCGGAAGGGUAUGCCUGAGUCGGGACAAAGUGACAGACAAGUACUGGGCGAUGAAGAUCCUGGCGAUGGCGGACGUGAUACGGUUGAAGCAAAUCGAGCACGUCAAAAACGAGAAGAACAUCCUGCGCGAAGUUGACCAUCCGUUCGUUGUGAACAUGCGAUGGCACACCAAGGACGACUGCUGCCUGUACAUGCUGUUCGAGUACGUCAGCGGUGGGGAAUUGUUCUCGUACCUCCGGAACGCAGGACGGUUCGAUAACGCCACGUCGAACUUCUACGCCUGCGAGAUCGUCCUUGCACUGGAAUACCUGCACUCGCUCUCCAUCGUCUAUCGGGACCUGAAGCCGGAAAAUCUGCUCCUGGAUCGGGACGGGCACCUCAAAAUCACCGACUUUGGUUUCGCCAAAAAACUGAAAGACCGAACCUGGACGCUGUGCGGAACGCCCGAGUACCUGGCACCGGAAAUCAUCCAAUCCAAAGGUCACAACAAGGCCGUCGAUUGGUGGGCGUUAGGAGUUCUUAUCUAUGAAAUGGUCGUAGGGUAUCCACCUUUCUAUGACGAUAAUCCGUUUGGUAUUUACGAGAAGAUUCUCAGCGGGAAGAUUGAGUGGUCGCGGCACAUUGAGCCCAUUGCAAAGGAUCUGGUCAAGAAACUGCUGGUGCAGGACCGGACGAAGCGUUUGGGGAAUAUGAAGAAUGGAGCCGAUGAUAUCAAGAGGCACCGAUGGUUCAAGCAUCUUGACUGGGAUGUCGUCAUAAAUAAACAACUGAAGCCUCCAAUUGUGCCAAAAUUUGUAUUCGAGGGAGAUACCAGCAACUUCGACGACUACCCAGAAACGGACUGGAAAUCGGCCCGAUCACUCGACAAGGUUGAAAUGCAACUUUUCGAGGAUUUCUAAAAAUCCACAGCAACUACCUAAGUAAGAUGUUGUAUGCAUCCAAAUCCAUCAGAAGACUCCAAGAAAUCAGAAUGAGGUAUAUCAAGCAUUUGGAACUGUUUCAAAAAACUUGGAUACCAAAACGUUCAACAUGAAUAUUAAAAGUAUAUUUAUUAGAAGUAAGAAUCACGUAGAAAAGCUCUUUCCUGAAUAUUCAAUGGGAAAUAAGUGAGCAAACGUACUAAAAUAGCUUUAAAGAGUCCACUUAAGAUUAGAAAAAAUAUCAUUUGAAACUGGAACACUGAGAUAAGAAAAAAUCUGUUUCCAAAAGGAACAAAAGUUUUGUUGUAAAUACUUUUUCAUUGUUCAAACAUGAAAUAUGUUUUAACACCCAGUGAGACAUAAGGAGAAGAAAAUUUUCCCAAAUUUGAUUAGUAUGUAAUGGAAGUUUGAGUGAUUGACAAUGGCAGAUAGCAAAACGCUGAAUAUUAGGCAUUUCGUUCAAUUUACCUAACUUCGAACAUCAUUUUGAUCUAGGAUUAUAGUAAUUUGUUGGGAUUAUAUCCUUCCCUUUCCGGAUAAGUUAUUUACCCGAAUCAACAACCACAUUCACUGUGAUAGAGAGAGAGAAAGGUGAAACCUAUGUUUAUUUAAGGCUCUAUAAAUAUACUUUGCUUGCAGUUUGCAGUUGUUUCUAUGAAUUCCCAAAAAAAAAACCAAUUCGGAAUGCGAUAGAAAAAAAGGGCAUGAAAAAGGAGAAAAUGUUUGGAAAAGAGAUUUUCUUAUUGUUUUCAGUUAUAAUUUCAACUAUACUUAAAUUCUAUCUAGAAAAUCUUCGCUUUCAACCGGGCGUUGCAAUCAAGAAAUCUAGCCAUAUCUUGUUUUACUGUUUAUCGUCUCAACAAACGAAAAAAAAAAUACUUUUCUUUUAUUCUAGGAAGUAUCUAUUUAAAUUUUAUCGUAAGUGAUUUGUAAUAGUUUAAAACUUGUUAAUUUUAGAUGGUAAACAUUUGCGUUGUUCAAAUUGUUUUCGAAGUCUUCCGUUACCAGCACCCAUAACAAAAAUUGAGAAGAAAUGUUUCAUCUAAUAGUUUUUAUUUCGAGAACUUGUUAUCCAGAUGUGAAAUAAUUCAAGAAACUUGUGACCUAUUAAUUUAAUCACAGAAGAAGAAAAUACAUAUCUAUGUCACAUGACUCACAUAUUUCUAAAAUUAUUUUACCUCUAUAAGAGGUCAAUUUUUAGCAAAGCAAUGUUUGCAGAAAAAAACUGAUGGAAAUAACAUGUGUUAUGUGUUACAAAUAAAUGCUACACUGACAACAAUAUGGA